ACCCAAUACAAUAAUAUAUGAUAUUGCAGUAUCAACAUUGUACUUGCAUUAACAGCAAAUAUUAUUGUAUUGAUUAUUAUCUGUAGUUACCCACAAUUGCAUAUGUUAUUAGCUGUAUUACUUUUUUCUGUGUACAUAAAAUUAUAUAAAUGUAUAAUUUUAUAUACAGGGUGUCCCAAAACAUUUAUCAGGUGGAACUCUACAUGAAAUUUUAUUUAUUUAUUUGUAUUUGAUAUAUAUGACUCUCGAUAUCCUAAGAUGUAUUGGCUUUGUAAAUUGAAUAGAAGCUAGCAGAGAGGAAGCUAGUAGGGACUCUAGCACGUGUUUUCGGUAACCCUCAGUAUUAAGAAAACAUUUGAUGAAGUUGAACUUGCAGAUCGCAAUACGAUUUUCUAAAUUUAUUUUCGAAAUUGUUCUUACAUAAAUAUCAAGUAAUAAUGUUCGCACUUCUCAGACAAUUGAUAGAAGACAGACGUGCAUAUUUUCAAUCUGAAGCGAAGCCGAUCGAAACCGAGAAAAGUAUGAAUAUCAGCAAAAAAUUUUUGGAAGCUCUAACAUUGUCGUUUGAAGCAAAGUAUCUAGGUGAAGACGUAAAGCCCUCUAAAAAGGAAAACAAAGUCAAAGCGGUAGAGAAAAGGCUAACUGUAUUAUAUAAUUAUAUAAUGGAUACUUCAACAAAUUCAAAAUUAGAUGACAUUAUUGCUUUAGCGACAGCUUAUCAUAAUAUAGGGCAAGUAUAUGUUGCGUCUACAAAAUUUGAAGAAUUAAAUUUUGCUGUGGUAUGCUUCUCAAAAUGUUUAGAAUUGUUACAAGAAAAACACAUAAUAUUAAAUCCCAAAUCUAUAUUAACAUCCAUAAGUGUCCUUAACGACUUAAAUUUAGUUUGUGACAAAGUAGAGAAAAAGAGACAUACUUCCAAAUUCUUGAAUGCAGCAAUGGAGCUAUAUUUGAAGUACAUAGUAAACGCCGAUUAUCCUGAUCCUGUUAAUAUAGCAACCAUUGUUGAUAUUAAAGAAGAAGAAUCAAAUCCCAGAACUAUGUUGGACACUCUUCAUCAAGCAACUUUACGGGAUUUAGGAAUUCAAUAUUUGAUAAAACCCAAAGAUAAGCAUAGAUUUGUAAUAUACUUGCAUAUCUUAAUAAAAGAUCGAUUGUCACAAAUGAUAUCUGAGGAAAGAAAAUUUCAAGAAAAUUUUAACUGUUUCGAUGUGGCUUUAACCUUAUUCGAUCUAUCUAAAUACUUCCUAGCAAACGCUCGUUUUGUUGAAGCAAGAAAUCACAUCAUCACAGCAGAUUAUUUAACAUGCAAAUUUUCUGAUACAUUUAUCAAGGAUACAACAGAAAGAAAAGAUUCUAAAUCACAAUUCAGUUUGUAUGAGAGACUUGAUUACGUAUGUGCUGUUAGUGCUAGAUGUUGGGGCACCUAUGGAGUUUCACUUUUACGUUUUUGGGUUGAUAAAUUUUUACAAAAUAAAAAAGAAAAUUCUUGUGAAUUUGAUAUUUCAAAGUUAAAAAUCAAAUCUGAAGAAGAGGAUUCGUCAAAAUUACUAAUAUUUUCCAAUUUAGAAGAAGAACUAAAACAAAUAGCUAAUCAGAUCACAUAUACACGUAUAUUAAAUCUUACAGAUGCGAAAUCGACUUUUGUACAAACUUUAAGAUAUCUUGAUAAAGCAAAGAAAUAUUUUACCACAGACACUGAUAUUGACUCUUAUAUGGAAAUAGUACUUGAAAUUUCCGCAGCGUAUAAAUAUUUAGCAGGUUUCGAACAGCACAGAGAUAAACAGAUAAAACUACAUAAACGACGAGUAGAAUGUUUAGAAGGCCUUUGUGAAAAAUUUAGUAUAACAGUUAAAGAAGAUGGAGAAUCGCAACUUUAUAAACAAAUUUUGUAUGAAUUGAUGACUUCGUGUUCCACAGUUAUAGAUUUAAUGCUAGAGGAAAUGUAUUAUAACAUGUCAUUUAAAGACGUAUGUGCGAAAGUUAAUCAUUUCACGAAAUUGAUCUCAAUAAGUAUUAAUUAUUUAAAACAUUAAAAAAUUAGUUCAGUCUAUACACUUUGUACAGUUUUUAUUUAUGAAAUUUUGUCUAGACAAAAUUAUUUUAAUGCUUUUUUUUGUUGUACGAAAGCCAUAUACAAGAUAUGAUUUCAAAAUUGCUUUUUCAUUGAUUAAUUGUAUAAAUUUAGUUUUUUAUUGACUAAUUUGUACAAAUUUAGUUGACAAUAUGAUUUUUGAAUAAUUUAUGUUCCUUAUCAUUUCCACAAUAAUUUAGAACAUAGAGAAUUGCAACUUUAUUUGCAACGAAUUUUGUAUGAAUUGGUGAUUUCAUGUUUUACAAUUAUGCAUUUAAUACUUGAAGAAAUGAAUUACUACACGUUUAAAGAUAUAUGUGUGAAAAUUAAUUGAUUUAUGAAAUUGAUCUCAAUAAUUUAUAUUUAAAGCUUUAGUUUUAAAAAUAUUUAGUUCUCUCCACAAGUUGUGUAUAAUUUCUAUUUAUGACAUUUGGACAAAAUUAUUUUAAUGCUCUUUUUUAUUGUACGAAAAUCAUAUAUGAAACAUGAUUUAAAAACUGCGUUUAUGAUCGAAUACAUUUAUCCGACAAUAUAAUUUUUGAAUAAUUCAUGGUUUCUUAUCACUUCCAUAUGACAAAUGCUGAGAUUACAUUUAUUAUAGCAUCAUGGUUUUAUGUGAUUUUAUAAUUAACAAUGAGAACUCCGCACAAAAAGUGCAUGAAAAAAAGGUUCCAGCGAAAUUGUAUAAAAUUUAGAUGUAUUGUGCUUUUUGAUGUGGUAAUUAUAAAUUUUACAGUAAAAUUUUUUUUAGAUGAAUUAGUUUUUUGUUAGAGGUGUUUAAAGGUGGCAAUGUCAGAUUUAUUUACGCUGAAGAUAUAUUAAUUAAUUCGAUGUUGCAUAUGGAAAUAUGUGUGUAAGUGAUGUAUAUGUGUGUGUGCAGGGGAGAGAGAGAACGUCGAAUUUUGGAUCUGAUCUAUAAUGAUGACAACUAAUAGAAACCUUAGUUUCAAGCUAUUUUGAUUUGAAGACUUUCAAAGAUUUUAAAAAGAGCCUUGAAAAAAUGGUAACACAUACACACACACACACACACACACACACACACACACACACACACACAUCACAUCACAUCACAUAUACGCAUCCCAGUAAACAACAUAUCAUCAACAUAACGUUAUUACAAAAUGAUAUUUUAUAACAUGUAAUGUUUAAAUAUGUAGUUUUUAAUAUUGUACACAACAUUAUUAUGGAAAGUAUUUGAUUUAAACAUUAAAAAUUAUGUUUCUAACUAUAAUUAUAACAUUUAGGAAUAUUAUGUUAUAGAAUAACAAUUCAAUAAUAUUUAUAAAAUAUUAUGUUAGAUAAAAUCCACAUAAAAUCAAUGUUUUAAAAGAUUGAUUUAAUGUUCUUUGCUUAUUGGGAUACUUCCAUGUGCAAUGUCGAUCUGCAAAGAUUUUAACCAUAAAAUUUGUAAUCAAGACAUAAAAAUUUAUAACAUGCAAUUUUUAUACAAUUUGACUGGGAUCUUUUUAUUAUGUGUUUUAUGCGGAGUCCUUUAGAAAAUAUAGUACAAGUAUUGCUUACAUUUAUAUAAAAUUAUUUCAAUUAUAAAAAUUACAUAAGAUUAUAUAAAUGCAUAUAAUCUUACAUAUAUUGACAAAUUGUAAAAAUUAUCAAUGCUUGUAAAACUAUUUGUAAAAAAAUCUUAAGGAAAAAAAGUGAAAUUUUAAAUUGAUAUACUCCGUUUAUGUAGCGAUUUAAAGAACAAAUAUAUUUUUAUAAGAUUUAAAUGCC